AUGUUUGGAAGCUUUUCAAGCCUUAUUCACUGUUUUACAAACGCUGCACGGGUUUCAUCAAGCUUCUGAAAAGACGGACCAGUAUGAGUUACCGGCGCGGCAGUCCGUCACUCGUCCAUCGUCACCAUGACAACAUGCCGUCCCGGUCCAACUGCCACGUGACUGUCAUCGCCAAUCCGAGCUGCCCGCUCAAUUCGGGGUCAGGAAGUGGUCGGGAGGAGGCGGCCGGUCCAAACGCAUCAUCCAUGUCGUCAUCACGGUCCGACCCCAGCCUGGCGCAGGCACCACCGGGCUACGAGCCUGACCUGACCCGGGCGCCUCCAGGCUUCGAGAACCGAGCUCUGGCACCCAACGCAAACCGAAACCAGCUCUACCUAGUGCCCAGGCUCCUAUGUUGUGGCACCACAAACUGCCUGCAUAGCAUCCUGUUCUGCUACUACGGCAUCCAGCCGUUCCUAGACAACGCACAGGUGCAACUGGGCGAGGCCGCGCCCCGCCAGGCUGGCCCGAGCGGGGGCCGCGCGCGCAGUCAGGGCCGCAGAAGGAGCACCCGCGACGGCUCCUGA